AUGGGUCAAACAUGGCCUCAAAGAUGUGCUUAGUAGGUGAUGCAUCUAAGAGAGUCAAACAAGUUGACAUUAUUAAUGAAUGUGCUUUUUCUCCUCUGAUCUAGUCCAUCAAUAUUGGGAAAUGUAACUAGCAUAUUCACUCAUUAUCUGUCAUUAAGUUUUUUGGAUAUCAACAAAUAAAAAUAAUAAAAAAAAUCUGAUAAAAAAUAUAUUUUGUGUUAUGCAUAAUUGGACGAAAAUCUAACAUCCAAUCUUUUUUUUUUAUGAUACUCUUUACAUAUAAAUCCAUAAAAAGAAUCAUUUAGGGACAUGUGUAAAUGUAAAUGAGAAAAAAAUGAUUUAAUAAUAUAUGACAAAUUUUAUAGAGAAAAUUCUAAAAAAUGAGUAAAUGAGUCAACUAAGUGAGUUGACCCAAUAGCCAUGUGAGUCAACCCAAAAACUAGUUGAGUCUACUUAGUGAAUUAACUCAAUAGUUAGGAGUCCAAUCAAAGAUAAAUAAAAAAGAAGAUUUUUCUCUUGUAUGAAAUACAAUCCACAAUUCAAAGUUAAUAACAAGUAUCUUUAAUCGAUAAAAUCUUAAUCAUUUAUGUUUUAAUAGAUGAUUUAUUAAGUUCCAUAAAUAGCUCAUAAUAUUAACUUUCAAGCAAUACAUUAACUCAAUUUAUUUUUGGCACAUAUCAUUGUUUGCUUUUUAGAUGAAAUAAUGAUUUUGGAUCUGCAAUGGGUAUGUGGAUAUCUGAGCCCAUGUUGAUUUGGUGAAAGGUCCAAGGACAUAUUCCUCAAAGUAAAAAUUGAAAUAUGGAGAAAAUUAUCUUGUUUCAAAGUUGGUACCCCCAAACCCCUAUUAUAAAUAAGGGGUGAUCUUGGUCAUUUAGUUUGAAAUAAAUGUAGAAUAACAUUAGCUCUUCCUCAAAGGUUUUGUUAAGGUCUUCUCAUGGAAUAGUAAUGUGAAAGAUGAACAAGACCUAGGUUGAAUUCACAAAGCUUAAAUUUUGGAGAAGAAAUAAACAUAUGAAUUCAUAGAUUUAAAGUCUUCAACUUUUGAAUCCAGAAAGGGAUGUUUGAAUUCACAAAGAAAGGAGGAUAGUUCUCAUAAUAAAAAAAAUAAUUUAACACAAAAAAAGUGUCAUCCUUAGGUCACAAUGUUUGAGGCACUUCUAAAAGAAGGAUCUUGAACAAAUCGUAGAGAAUGUGGUUUAUGAAUGUCUACGUGGUGGACUUAAUUUUACCAAGGAUGAUCAAAAUAUGAACUCACAACCAUUUAUGCAUUGGGGAAACUAUUUCUUAUUUUGUGCUGAAGCAAUUUAUAAAUCACAAGCCAAAAUAGGUGAAAUUAAAGGGCAUUACUUAAAUGCUAUUGUAGGUAUUUGUGAAGAAAUGAUCAAAAGGGUUGUGUUUGCCAAAGAAUUAGGAGUCCCUAUUGUAAUGCAUGACUAUAUGACUAAGGGAUUCAUUGUAAAUGCUAGUUUAGUAAUUUAUUGCCAAGACAACGGCCUACUUCUUCACAUCCACCACACAAUACAUGCAAUUAUUGAUAGACAGAAAAAUCAUGGUAUGCAUUUCCAUGUACUAGCUAAAGCAUUAUGUAUGUCUAGUGGGGAUCAUAUUCACUCUGGUACAGGUAAACUGGAAGGUCAAUGUGAGAUGACUUUAGGUUUCGUUGAUUUAUUACGUGAUGAUUAUAUUGAAAAAGACCAAAGUCGUGGUAUUUUCCUAACUCAAGAUUGGGUCUCUAUACCAGGUGUUCUACCUGUGGCUUUAGGGGUAUUCAUGUUUGGCAUAUGUCUACCUUGACUGAGAUCUUUAGAGAUGAUUCCGUACUACAAUUUGGUGGCAAAACUUUAGAACACCCUUGAGGAAAUGCACCUAGUGCAGUAGCUAAUUGUGUAACUUUAAAAGCGUGUGUACAAGCUCAUAAUGAGGGAUGUGAUCUUGCUCGUGAAGGUAAUGAAAUUAUUUGUGAAGCUUGCAAAUGGAGUCCUGAACUAGUCGCUGCUUGUGAAGUUUGGAAAGAGAUCAAAUUUGAGUUCAAAUCAGUAGAUAAACUAGAUGUUAAAGGCUAA